AUGUGGAUGGGGAGCUUUAGUCUUACACACUUCUCCCCUGAAGAGCUCUCCAUUUCACGCUGAAGAAUAAUCCUCUUCCAUUUUUGACCUUUACGUUAAGAAAGAAAAGGGGAGCGAUAGUGCAUUUAUUGUUACAUUUGUUCGUCGCUGCUUUUGUUUGUCUGUAAAUAUUAUUUUUGAUUUCUUCAUCUCCCGUCAGUGGUUGUACAGGUGAAGACUUCAUGAGGCUGAAGGUGGAAAGGAAGUGAAGACUUUUUUUUUUUUGCAGCAACUGUUGCUGUAUUUCAGCAUCUCUCAGUUCUAGGUUUUAAUCACUGAGUUUAACUCAGUUGAUUUGGCUGGGUAUUGGCAAGAAGCAUGGCAGAUGUGGACCCAGACACAUUGCUGGAAUGGCUGCAGAUGGGGCAGGGAGACGAAAGGGACAUGCAGUUGAUAGCACUGGAACAGCUGUGCAUGCUGCUUUUGAUGUCGGACAAUGUGGAUCGGUGUUUUGAAACGUGUCCCCCACGAACUUUUCUACCAGCACUAUGUAAGAUUUUUCUGGAUGAAAGUGCUCCGGACAAUGUGCUGGAGGUGACAGCACGUGCCAUAACCUAUUACCUGGAUGUCUCUGCUGAAUGUACUAGGAGGAUUGUGGGUGUAGAUGGAGCUAUUAAAGCACUUUGUAACCGCUUGGUUGUUGUAGAACUCAAUAACCGCACAAGUAGGGAUCUAGCUGAACAAUGUGUGAAGGUGCUUGAACUGAUAUGCACUCGGGAAUCUGGUCCUGUAUUUGAGGCUGGUGGACUGAACUGUGUUCUGAGCUUUAUUCGGGACAGUGGUCAUCUCGUUCAUAAAGACACCUUACAUUCUGCAAUGGCUGUGGUGUCCAGGCUAUGUGGGAAAAUGGAACCCCAAGAUUCAUCUCUGGAAACCUGUGUGGAGUCUUUGUCGAGUCUGCUUAAACAUGAAGAUCAUCAGGUUUCAGACGGGGCUCUGCGGUGUUUUGCCUCGUUGGCUGACAGAUUUACCCGCCGUGGGGUUGACCCGGCCCCUUUGGCUAAACAUGGAUUGACGGAGGAGCUGCUGUCCCGGAUGGCAGCAGCUGGAGGCGCUGUGUCUGGGCCGUCUUCAACAUGCAAACCAGGGCGGAGUGCCCCUGGAGCAACCGCAACGGCAGCAGAUUCCAAACUCAGCAAUCAAGUGUCCACUAUUGUCAGCCUGCUUUCAACACUUUGUAGGGGUUCCCCACUUGUAACACAUGAUCUUCUGAGAUCUGAACUCCCUGACUCGAUAGAGAGCGCACUGCAGGGUGAUGAAAGGUGUGUGCUGGACACCAUGCGACUGGUUGAUCUCCUCCUGGUGCUGCUUUUUGAAGGAAGGAAAGCUCUGCCAAAGUCUAAUGUUGGAUCCACUGGUAGAAUCCCUGGCUUGAGAAGGCUGGACAGUUCUGGGGAACGCUCCCAUCGCCAGCUGAUAGACUGCAUUCGCAGUAAAGACACAGAUGCGUUAAUAGAUGCUAUUGAUACAGGAGCCUUUGAAGUAAAUUUCAUGGAUGAUGUAGGACAAACCCUCUUGAACUGGGCCUCAGCAUUUGGUACACAAGAAAUGGUGGAAUUUUUAUGUGAAAGAGGAGCUGAUGUCAAUAGGGGUCAGAGGUCUUCUUCGUUGCAUUAUGCAGCUUGCUUUGGGAGGCCUCAGGUUGCAAAGACUUUGCUACGGCACGGAGCCAACCCUGAUUUAAGAGACGAAGAUGGCAAGACUCCUUUAGACAAAGCCAGAGAAAGAGGGCACAGUGAGGUGGUUGCAAUUCUGCAGUCUCCAGGGGACUGGAUGUGCCCAGUGAAAGGAGAUGAAAAAAAGAAAAAAGAUGUUAAUAAAGAAGAAGAAGAGACGAAUGAACCAAAAGGAGAUCCUGAAAUGGCACCCAUCUACUUGAAGAGAUUGCUCCCAGUAUUUGCACAGACUUUCCAACAAACUAUGCUGCCUUCAAUACGAAAAGCAAGCCUAGCUUUAAUCAGGAAGAUGAUCCACUACUGCUCUGAAGCUCUUCUUAAAGAGGUCUGUGAUUCUGAUGCAGGUCACAAUUUGCCCACAGUAUUAGUUGAGAUUACAGCCACUGUUCUUGAUCAGGAGGAUGAUGAUGAUGGACACUUAUUGGCCUUGCAGAUUAUAAGAGACUUGGUAGAUAAAGGAGGUGAUGUGUUCCUUGAUCAGCUAGCCAGACUUGGGGUCAUUAACAAAGUUUCAACUCUAGCAGGGCCAACUUCAGAUGAUGAAAAUGAAGAAGAGUCCAAGCCAGAGAAGCAGCUGUUACCGUUCCUCCAGGAGGAUGAACCUCAGGAAGAUGCUAAAGAGAUUCAGCAGGGUAAACCUUACCACUGGAGAGACUGGUCCAUAAUCAGGGGAAGAGACUGUUUGUACAUCUGGAGUGAUGCAGCUGCACUGGAGUUGUCAAAUGGCAGCAAUGGCUGGUUUAGAUUUAUACUAGAUGGCAAAUUGGCUACCAUGUACUCAAGUGGCAGUCCUGAAGGGGGAUCUGACAGUUCAGAAAGCAGAAGUGAAUUUUUGGAGAAGUUACAAAGAGCUCGCAGUCAAGUGAAACCAGCCACUGCAAGCCAGCCUGUACUGUCAGCUCCUGGGCCUAUUAAACUAACUGUGGGAAACUGGUCUCUCACCUGCCUGAAGGAAGGGGAAAUCGCUAUCCACAACUCAGAUGGUCAGCAGGCAACUAUUUUAAAGGAAGAUCUGCCAGGCUUUGUCUUCGAGUCUAACAGAGGGACCAAGCAUUCUUUCACUGCAGAAACAUCCCUUGGUAAGUUUGUAGGGUCAGAGUUUGUAACUGGUUGGACUGGCAAAAGAGGAAGAAAACUGAAGUCCAAGUUAGAGAAAACUAAACAAAAGGUGGGAACCAUGGCCAGAGAUUUGUAUGGUGAUCACUUCAAAGCUGUGGAGAGUAUGCCUCGAGGAGUAGUUGUUACAUUAAGGAACAUUGCAACCCAACUGGAGUCUGCAUGGGAGCUACAUACAAACAGACAGUGCAUUGAGGGAGAAAACAUGUGGAGGGAUUUAAUGAAGACUGCUUUGGAGAACCUGAUUGUGGUUUUGAAGGAUGAAACCACUAUCUCACCUUAUGAAAUGUGUAGCAGUGGCCUAGUGCAAGCACUUUUUACAGUUCUCAGCAAUAGUGUAGACUUAGAUGUGAAAAAUGAUUGUAGGCCAUUGAUGGAAAGAAUCAAUGUCUUUAAAACAGCAUUUUGUGAAAAUGAAGAUGAUGAAAGUCAGCCUGCAGUUGCCUUAAUUAGAAAGCUGAUAGCAGUGUUGGAGUCCAUUGAAAGGCUACCUCUUCACUUAUAUGAUACCCCUGGAUCAUCAUAUAACCUGCAGAUUCUCACAAGGAGACUGAGAUUUCGAUUGGAGCGUGCUCCAGGAGAAACGGCUUUAAUAGACCGGACGGGACGAAUGCUGAAAAUGGAACCGUUAGCGACUGUGGAGUCGUUGGAGCAGUACCUCCUGAAAAUGGUGGCAAAACAGUGGUAUGACUUUGAUAGAUCAUCAUUUGUUUUUGUCAAAAAACUGCGUGAAGGACAGACAUUUACAUUCAGACACCAGCAUGACUUUGAUGAAAAUGGGAUUGUGUACUGGAUUGGGACAAAUGCAAAGACUGCAUAUGAAUGGGUCAAUCCUGCAGCCUAUGGCCUGGUGGUGGUAACUUCAUCAGAAGGGAGAAAUUUGCCAUAUGGGCGUUUGGAGGACAUUUUGAGUCGAGACAGCUCAGCGUUGAAUUGCCACACCAAUGAUGACAAGAAUGCGUGGUUUGCAAUAGAUCUUGGACUCUGGGUGAUUCCUUCUGCCUAUAGCUUGCGACACGCGAGAGGAUAUGGAAGGUCUGCCCUGAGAAACUGGGUUUUCCAAGUUUCCAAGGAUGGACAGAACUGGACAACAAUGUAUACCCAUGUGGAUGACUGUAGUCUCAAUGAGCCAGGGUCAACAGCUACUUGGCCGUUGGAUCCAUCUAAGGAGGAAAAGCAAGGAUGGAGACACAUUAGAAUUAAGCAAAUGGGAAAGAAUGCUAGUGGGCAGACACACUAUCUCUCUCUGUCAGGGUUUGAACUCUAUGGAACUGUUAAUGGAGUAUGUGAAGACCAGUUAGGAAAAGCAGUUAAAGAAGCAGAAGCUAAUCUUCGACGACAGAGGCGUUUGUUUCGCUCUCAAGUCAUGAAGUACAUUGUGCCUGGAGCUCGUGUUGUUAGGGGUAUUGACUGGAAAUGGAGAGACCAGGAUGGGAAUUCACUAGGAGAGGGAACUGUUACAGGAGAAGCGCACAAUGGCUGGAUUGAUGUCACCUGGGAUGCUGGUGGCUCAAACUCUUAUCGUAUGGGUGCUGAAGGAAAAUAUGACCUCAAGCUUGCGCCAGGGUACGACCCUGAGUCAGCGCCGUCACCCAAACCUGUUUCAUCCACUGUUUCAGGCACAGCGCAGACGUGGAGCAGCUUGGUGAAAAAUAACUGUCCGGACAAGUCUUCUACAGCUGGGGCGAGCUCCUCCAGCAGGAAGGGAAGCAGCAGCUCUGUGUGUAGUGUGGCCAGUAGCAGCGAUAUCAGUCUGAGUUCGGCGAAAUUCGAACGCCGAUCUGAAAGUUUGAUGGAACAUGGUACAGCCACAAACAUGGAAAGCCACGAACCCAUUGUUGUUCUGUCAACUGCCGACAGCCUGCCGCAUGCUGAAGUGGGAUCGGCUUCAAGCGCCAGCACCAGCACUUUAACAGCAGACACAGGAAGUGAAAAUGCAGCAAACCGCCCCACCACUGAAUCUGGAGCAAUAUCUAUGGGAAUAGUUAGUGUGAGCUCACCAGAUGUCAGUUCGGUGUCUGAAUCCUCCAGCAAAGAAGCUACUUCACAGCGCCCAUUGUGCUCAGCAGCUAAUACAAGACUGUCUGUGAGCUCCUUGCUGGCUGCUGGGGCACCAAUGAGCUCCAGUGCAAGUGUACCCAAUUUAUCAUCUCGUGAAGCCAGCCUAAUGGAGUCGUUUGUUCGGAGAGCUCCGAACAUGUCACGUACAAAUGCCACUAAUAACAUGAACCUGAGCCGCAGUAGCAGUGACAACAACACUAACACUUUAGGAAGGAAUGUCAUGAGUACAGCCACUUCUUCGCUCAUGGGUGCCCAGAGUUUUCCUAACCUCACAACCACUGGUACCACCUCUACUGUUACAAUGUCAACCUCCAUAGUAACCAGCAGCAAUAAUGUAGCCACGGCAACCACAGGUUUGUCAGUCGGCCAGUCGCUCAGUAAUACUCUAACGACCAGCCUGACCUCCACUUCUAGUGAGAGCGACACAGGUCAGGAAGCUGAAUUUUCUUUAUAUGAUUUUUUGGACAGCUGCCGUGCUAAUACGUUAUUGGCAGAGCUUGAUGAUGAAGAGGAUCUACCUGAACCAGAUGAAGAUGAUGAUGAGAAUGAAGAUGACAAUCAGGAGGACCAGGAGUAUGAGGAAGUUCUGGUACGAUGCAGGGAGGAGGAAGAAUAUGAAACCAAAGGCGGUCGCCGUAGAACCUGGGAUGAUGACUUUGUACUUAAACGUCAGUUUUCUGCUUUAGUUCCUGCUUUUGAUCCACGACCAGGUCGUACAAAUGUUCAGCAAACAACGGAUCUGGAAAUUCCACCGCCAGGAACUCCUCGUUCAGAGGUACUUGAGGAAGUGGAGUGUGCACCAUCUCCACAUUUGUCCCUUAUCCUAAAGGUAGCAGGGCUUGGAACCACCAGAGAAGUGGAACUACCUCUUUUAAACUACAAAUCAACCAUUUUUUACUAUGUACAGAAAUUGCUGCAGCUUUCCUGUAAUGGCAGCGUGAAAUCAGAUAAACUUAGACGGAUUUGGGAGCCCACAUAUACGAUAAUGUACAGAGAAAUGAAGGAUUCCGACAAAGAAAAGGAAAGCGGAAAGAUGGGUUGCUGGUCUGUAGAGCAUGUGGAACAGUACCUUGGCACUGAUGAAUUACCAAAGAAUGACUUGAUAACCUACCUGCAGAAGAAUGCAGACUCAGCUUUCCUUCGCCGCUGGAAAUUAACCGGCACUAAUAAAAGUAUUAGGAAAAACAGAAAUUGUUCUCAGCUCAUAGCUGCAUACAAGGAUUUCUGUGAACAUGGAUCAAAGUCUACUGGCCUAAGCCAUGGAUCCCUUUCCUCUCUUCAAAUCUGUGAUAUUCUUAGUUCAGCAAGAGAGCAGGCUCAGGCCAAAGCAGGCAGUGGUCAGAAUGCUUGUGGUGUGGAGGAUGUCUUGCAGUUGCUUCGUAUUCUUUUCAUUAUUGGCAGUGAUCCGUACUCAACAAGGACACCACAGGAAGAACUAGAUGAACAGCUUCAAUUCAAUGUUUCGCCAGAGGAAUUUGCUAGUAAAAAGGUGACAACCAAAAUCCUGCAACAAAUUGAGGAACCUUUGGCAUUAGCUAGUGGUGCAUUGCCUGACUGGUGUGAGCAGUUAACCAGCAAGUGCCCUUUCUUGAUACCUUUUGAAACAAGACAGCUUUAUUUUACUUGCACAGCUUUUGGGGCAUCAAGAGCAAUAGUGUGGCUCCAGAAUCGUCGCGAGGCAACAAUGGAACGCACAAGGCCCACUGCCACAGUGAGGCGAGAUGAUCCUGGGGAGUUCCGAGUGGGGCGCCUGAAACACGAGAGGGUGAAGGUUCCAAGAGGAGACAGUCUGAUGGAGUGGGCAGAAAAUGUGAUGCAGAUUCAUGCAGACAGAAAAUCUGUUUUAGAGGUGGAGUUUUUGGGUGAAGAAGGAACAGGUUUGGGACCCACAUUGGAGUUCUAUGCAUUGGUAGCAGCAGAGUUCCAGAGGAAAUCGCUGGGAAUUUGGCUUUGUGAUGAUGAUUUUCCAGACGAUGAAUCUCGACAGGUUGACCUGGGAGGUGGACUUAAACCGCCUGGAUAUUAUGUCCAACGAUCCUGUGGACUUUUCCCUGCUCCCUUCCCACAGGAUAGUGAUGAACUGGAUAGAAUUAGCAAACUCUUCCUCCUCUUGGGUGUUUUCCUGGCAAAAUGCAUACAAGACAACCGAUUGGUGGACUUGCCCAUUAGUAGACCUUUCUUUAAGUUAAUGUGUAUGGGAGACAUCAAAAGCAAUAUGAGCAAAUUGCUUUAUGAGUCAAGGGGGGAUGGAGAUUUGCAUUUUUCUGAAAUCCAGUCCGAGGCAUCAACUGAAGAAGGGCACGAUACCUAUUCGGUUGGAAGUUUUGACGAAGACUCUAAAUCUGAGUUUAUCCUUGACCCACCUAAACCCAAGCCACCAGCUUGGUACCAUGGCAUCUUGACCUGGGAAGACUUUGAAUUGGUGAACCCCCACAGGGCCAAGUUUCUGAAGAAAGUUAAAGAACUUGCAGUAAAGCGGCGUCUCAUACUGAGUAAUAAGGCCUUGUCGGAGGAUGAAAAGAAUACGAGACUGCAGGACCUCAUGUUAAAGAAUCCAUCUGGUUCAGGACCACCACUUAGCAUUGAAGAUUUAGGAUUGAAUUAUCAGUUUUGCCCUUCAUCCAAAGUACAUGGAUUUACAGCAGUGGAUCUGAAACCCAACGGGGAGGAUGAGAUGGUGACAAUCGAUAAUGCUGAAGAGUAUGUUGAUCUAAUGUUUGACUUCUGUAUGCACAUAGCUAUUCAGAAACAGAUGGAAUCGUUUAAAGAUGGCUUUAACAGAGUUUUCCCAAUGGAAAAGCUGAGCUCUUUCAGCCAUGAGGAGGUUCAGAUGAUUCUGUGUGGAAAUCAAUCACCAUCAUGGACAGCUGAGGACAUAAUUAAUUAUACUGAACCCAAACUGGGUUACAACCGUGAGAGCCCUGGAUUCAUGAGAUUUGUCAGGGUGCUCUGCGGCAUGUCUUCAGAUGAAAGGAAAGCAUUCCUGCAGUUCACAACUGGAUGUUCUACCCUUCCACCUGGUGGUCUGGCUAACCUUCACCCACGGCUGACCAUAGUGCGCAAGGUUGAUGCAGCAGAUGCAAGCUAUCCAUCAGUAAACACAUGUGUUCACUACCUUAAGUUGCCUGAGUAUUCAUCUGAGGAGAUCAUGAGAGACCGCUUGCUUGCUGCAACCAUGGAGAAAGGCUUUCAUCUUAACUGAGCAGACCGUUGUGAUGACGGAUGGCUGACUGAACUUGAUACUAGAAAAGCCUGUUGUGUUUGUGUGCAGAAAAAAAAAAAAAUCCAAGCUGUGCUCUGAUAAAACUUUUUUUUUCCAGAGCUUUAGGGAAAAAAGUAACAUAUUAACUCUAUUAACUGCUGCUGAAAAACACAGGGAAAAUUCCUGUACCCCACACGGCCAGCAAAUAAUGGCACAGAGCACUGUGUGCUGCUUCAAGGGCUUGUGAGACUGGAACCCAGGGCAGUUUUUUCAUGUGUUUUACUGUUUCAUUUCUGACUGCAUUUGUGUAAAGUUCCAUGUAAUUCUGUGCACCGUUAGGUACCAUGGUUCACUACACUUCGUUAUUCAAACCUCCCCCCACCCUGUUUUGCUAGCCUUAAGCAGAAUGGUUUAAAGCCUGCUUCUGUAGAUUUGUAACUGUAGAGUGUAAGGGCAUUUCUUGAAGAGAAUUUUACUUUUACGAGUGCCUGCACUGUUUUGAGUUUUAGGUUUUAUUUUUCUGCUCAUCUUACUGGUGUACAGUCAUGCACAUGCUUUCUUUAUCCUUUUGUCUGUUACUCUGUGUUUGUUUUGAUUCUUUAAUGCCCUGAGAUCAAAUCCCUGAGUGCAUUUGUGUAAUUUUACAAUACAAGCUAUAGAAAAACACUGGUUCUAGGUGCAAGGCACACAAAGCAAGCUAAGCUUUUCCUUGUAUUUUCUUUGUAUAUUAUAAACAUUUAUUUAACUCAAGUUGCAGUUUGAAGUAAAACAAAAUAUUUUCAAAUG